AUGAAAUUCUUAUUUUUUUAUUCGUUCAUAUUAAUAUAUUUUAUGAAACAUAGUACUUGUAUUUAUGAUGAUAGUUUUAUUUUUACUUUCAAAAAUGUCAAAAAAGUAAAUACAAGCAAAAAUAAUGUCAAUAAAUUUGAAAUAGAAAUUGUUUUAACAUUCAACAUAAAAAAAAGUGCAAAAGAAUUUUUUUUAGUUUCAUUAAUACCCGGAAAAAAUUUACAAAUUUUAUCAUUUAAAAAAGAAGAUACAAAUGUAGUUGAUGAAAAUGUGGAAUUUCAUCUAAACAAAAUUGGAUUAAAUGAAAAAGACUCUUGUGAUUAUCUAAUAACAUCAAAAAUGUAUUUAUUAAAAUUAUCAACUGAUGAAUUAAAGAAAUUCAAAAUAUAUAAAUAUCCUUUUAAAAAUAAAGAGAAUACAAAAAGUGUACCACCUGAAUAUGAAUAUUCAGAAAAAUCUCUAAAAAAUUUUUUUUCAAGCGAAGGAGUUAUAUAUCCUUCAAAUUAUUAUCUAAAAAUUUCUGUUGAAAUUUUAAAGGAAGGUUUAAAUUCUGAGGGUGCUUGGAUUUUUUCUGUUGGUGAAAAAAAAAAUACUAAUAUAGGAAACCAAGAGUGCACUAUUUAUUAUGAUAAAUUAGCAGAAAUAUUUUUACAGAAAUGUACAUCUAGUAAUCUUUUUUUAUUAUAUUGUAAUAGUACCACAAAUGCAGAAAUCUUAAAUUUAGUUCCUGAUUUAAGAAAAACUUUUGAUGUACAAUUAAGUAGUAGUAAAAAAUUUUACGGUGCUCAUGAAUCUACAUAUUCAGUUGAGAUAAAUUUUAAUAAAAUAAAAACAACAUUAAAAACAGAUAAAGUAAUGAUUAGUAUAAAAUUACCAAUGGAUUUAUGUUAUGCUAAUUCUUGUUUUAAUAAAAAUUUUGAAAAUCCAUGUAUGAAUAUAAAACCAAAUGUUUUUGAAGAAUGUACUUACUUAUUUAGAAGUUAUGAAUUCUUACUGAAAUCAAAAAUUAGUAAAGAUAUAAAUAAUAAACUAGAAAUUUCUAUUCAAAAUAUUAGUAAUCCCUUACUAAAUUUAGAGAGUGAUAAUAAAUGGGUAAUUGAUAUUUAUACUGUUGAUGUUGUAAAUUUUAUAAUCACUGAAGAACAUAAAGGAAUAUUAGAAAAAGUAUCAAAUGAUAUAUGCUCAAAAAAUUUUAUAAAUAAAUUUAUAAAAAAAUAUUCAGAUAGUGUUACAUGGGUAAAGUCUCAUAUAGCAAUUAUAUCUACACCUGAAUUAACUCAACUUAUAGUAAAACCUAUUGAUAACUAUGGAUUACUAGAAAACCCUCUCAUUGUGAAUCUGAAAUUACUUUAUUCAGGAGAAUAUGUUUUUAAUAAAUGUUUAAUUGAAUUAAAAUCUAUUCACAGAUUUACAUCAGUUAUGACAAAAAGUGAGUAUAGAUUAAAUGUUUAUAAUUAUAAUUUAUUAUUUCCUAAUUCUACAUUUAAACCAGUAUUAGAUGAAGAACACAUAUUAAACAUUGAAAAGGAUAUAGUUAGAAAUAAUGAUACUAUACAAUUUGCAAUCAAUGUAAAAAAAUAUAAAAACAAUGAAUAUUGGUUUUUUACAUUAAAAUGUUUAAAUAAAGAACAAAAAUAUAUAAAAGAAGCCCAAUCAUUAUUUAUAUAUCCAAUUGAAAAUAAAAAUAUAUAUAUAAGUGAUUUAUAUUAUAAAGAAAAAGUUGGUGAUAAUAAAUAUAUUUUCUAUUUGAAUUUAUUUGUAUUAGAUGAGAAAGAAUUAGAAAUUAAACUAUCAAUUUUAUCAGAUGUUGGUAGUUCUAAUAUUCAAUUAAGUGAAACAUGUGAUGCAUUAAUAUAUACAUCUUGUUACAAUUUAGUUUAUCAUGAAUGUUCUAAAGAAGAAAAAAACAUAAUUUAUCAUAUUAAUUCUUAUAAGUCUACCAAUAAACAUUUUACUAUAUUGUUUCCUUUAGUAAUUAUGAAUGAUGAAAAGAAAUUAAAUUUGCAAGUCGAAUUGGAAACAAAAAACAACCCUAGAAAAAUAAAAAACAAAAUGGUAUUAGAUGUAGAUAAUAUAUUAAAAAAUAAUUUGAAAACACCAUGUGUAAAUAAUUUAAUUUACAAAUUAAAAAAAUAUAAAAAAUAUGAAUCCCAUUUAUUUCUUUUAUUUAAAGCUGUAAAUUGUGAAAAGAUAUAUGAACCCUUUUUGGUUAAUUUUCAAAAUAAUGAAACUUUUUAUGCAAAAGUAGAUUCAUUAGAUAAUAGUGAAAAUUUUACUUUUCAAAAAACAUAUAAGCAAAUGUUUCCAAUUAAUUAUGAUUCUAUAUCACAAAAAAUAUUUGAUAAAAAUAUAAUUAGUAUUAUUACAAUAAUAUUAAUAGAUAGCACUUUUUUAAAUUCACUUAAAGGAAAUUAUAAAGAACAAUUUCUUCAAUAUAUAAAAAGGAAUGUUUUCUUUUCUUAUAACAAAUAUUACGUAGUUACUUAUUCUAAUACUAAUUUACUAAUAGAGUUAUAUAAAUAUAUUGAUGCAGGAAAUGUUAAAAUUGAUAUAGUUCAAAAAUCAUCAGGUAUAGAUAAUAUUAUAGAUGCAUUAGAAAAGACCAUUUCGUUUGCUGAAGGUGUAAAGAAGAAAGAAAAUGUUUAUUUUAGCAGUGAGUAUAGUAUUUUAUUAUUAACUGACGUAAAGGGAAUAUCAUCUGUUAAAACAUCUACAAAUGAAUAUGUUAAAAAUUCUACUGAUAUAAAUAAAACUAUUUCUAGAAUUUAUGUAGUAUCUUUUGAAAAAGGAGAUUAUACUAAUAAUGAUAUAUUUAAUGAAUCCCUUCAAAAAGCUAAUGAUAUAUAUAUAUAUAAUAAAAAAACAAAAGAAGACAUAUAUUUUUUUUCUUUUCAUAAAUAUAUUAUUGAUGAAAAGUUAUUAUUAUAUUAUUCUAAAUCAAUACUACAAGAUUACCUUACCUUACACACUCAGAUUUAUAAAACAUCUUGGUAUUUAAUUGGAAUAUGUAGAAAUAAUAUCAUAAAAAACAGUUUAACAAAUAGAAAACUCCAUUUAUACUAUGUUGAUAAAAAUGUUAAGACUGUUAAUUAUACCUUAUCAACUGAUGAAACCCAUUAUGCUUUUGAUAAUUCAUCAUUAUCCUCUUUUCAAGAUAUGUGUAAUAUUUUUACUCAAUUAAAACUAUUAGGAUAUAACUAG